AGCUUAAACCUGUUAUCGGCAGCGUCGUUUAUUAUUUGUCGUGAAGGUGAUUACUUGUUUUCGUUCACUCAUUCCAAUACGUGCAGUGGAGAGUUAAGGUACGACGAGCCGGGCGUGUUUGUGUAAAAAGCACAUCUAUACCCAUGUUUAUAGUACAUACAUACAUACGUAAAGAUUGAUUCGCUGUUGUAUAAACAAUUUGUUGGCACUAAAAAUUCUACGAACAACGCAGUCGCUGCUGCUGCAAAUAAAAUCACACAGCGAUCCGAAUAAACCCAUGAGUCACUCUGACGUGGCUGCGCAGCAAGCUGAUAAAUACAUAUUAUUGCCAGUCGGGCAACAUCGGGGAAGUACCUAUAACGAACAAUAGCUUUACUCGCAACGAACUGCGAAACGAUCGUCUCAUUGUCGUUUUGGAUGAGCAGCGAAACGGUCGAUAAAUCGUGCGCACAACUGCGACGCAGAAGCGAAACACAACGAACAGGAGCGAACAGAGAGAGCAACACGCGCUCACGUGGAUAUUAAAAGCAACAACAACAAUGAAUCAACAGCAAUACUUUGAUCUGGAUCAGGGCAAGAACGUAUCCUAUGCCAAUGAUUGCUCCAGCACGAGCGGAUACAGCAGCGGAAAUUCGCCCACAUCGAUGACACUGUCGCCUGCACAUUCGCCGGAGACGUUUGCCUUGCAAAAUGACUUUGCCAACCUCAAUUUGCCCGCAAUAUCAAAUUCACCUUCACCACAGCUACAGCAAUUACGCGGUUCACCUUACCACCACACACAGCAGCAGACAGCAAAUCAGCUGCUUACAAAUGGCAACCUCUGCAUGGAAAUUGAUGGCAGCAACAAUUUAUUGAAUGCCAACGCAAACUUUAGCAACAUGUACAUGCCCAUGGAUCAUUUUUACGCCACGCCACAAAUGGUUGGAUUUACGCCAAUCGACGCAGGAAUUAAGAAUGAAUAUACCGCUGUGCUGAACAUUGCCGAGCAGCCGGUGGAGAAAUUUCGUUUUCGCUACAAAAGUGAAAUGCAUGGCACACACGGAUCACUAAACGGUAUCAACUCAAAACGCACACCCAAAACAUUUCCGGAGGUAAUGUUAAGCAAUUAUAAGGGACCAGCGGUUAUCCGUUGCAGCCUAUUUCAAACCAAUUUGGACAGCCCACACUCGCAUCAGCUGGUGGUGCGCAAGGAUGAGCGCGAUGUAUGCGAUCCGCAUGAUUUGCAUGUCUCACAGGAGCGCGGCUAUGUAGCCCAGUUUAUCAACAUGGGCAUUAUACACACGGCAAAGAAGUAUAUAUUCGAUGAGCUGUUCAAGAAAAAAAAGGAUCGCUUGGUCUUUCAAAUGGGCCGCCGUGAACUGUCGACCAAGCAGGUCCAGGAGCUGCAUCAAGAGACAGAACGCGAAGCUAAGGAUAUGAAUCUAAAUCAGGUGCGACUCUGCUUUGAGGCCUUCAAGAUUGAAGAUAAUCACAGCUGGACACCCAUUGCGGCGCCCGUCUUUAGCAAUCCGAUUAAUAAUCGCAAGUCUGCACAAACUGGCGAAUUGCGCAUUACGCGCCUGAGUAAACCCACAGGCAGCGUCAUGGGCAACGAUGAACUAAUUCUGCUCGUGGAGAAGGUCAGCAAGAAGAACAUUAAGGUGCGCUUCUUUGAAGAGAACGAUGAUGGCGAAACGGUUUGGGAGGCAUAUGCCAAAUUCCGUGAGUCGGAUGUGCAUCAUCAGUAUGCGAUUGUGUGUCAGACACCCACCUAUAAGGACAAAGAUGUGGAUCGCGAGGUAGCUGUGUCCAUUGAGCUGAUACGUCCCUCUGAUGAUGAGCGCUCGUUUCCGCCAUUGCCUUUUCGGUAUAAGCCACGCGAUGCAAUUGUCUCGCGCAAACGCCGACGCACCUGCUCCACACUCACCAGCAGCAGCGGCAGCAGUAGCAGUGGGGGCAGUAUACACAACUCGUUGGAGCUGCCCAAGACAGUGCCGCAGCAGGGCGUGGUCAAUGUCUCCCAACAUGAUCAGACUAUAAGUCAGGAAUUUGGACGUGAAUUUCAUUUGGAUCAGCUAAUAACCCCGGAUUCGUUUCGCAAGCUGAUCGAGCAAGACUCAACGGAGCUAGCUAAGCUAUGUGUGCCCGAUAUGGGCGUUCUAGAGACAGAUGGUCAUGGGCGUGCGGAAAGCGCCAAUAACUUAAACAUAGCACCAGCCACAGGGCAGAAUCGCAACCUGACCACCAUCUAUCUCGGCGAGAUCUUCAAAAUGUUCGAUGCUAUGCGACGCGCUGGCGAUCAUCCAGAACACUUUGAUAGCUCCUGUAAAAAGGUGGCUAAACUGUUCACCGACCAUGCGCAAAAGAACGAGAACAAUGAUACGCUGCUGCACGAGGUGAUUAGCCAGAGUAAGGAUAACCUAAAGCUGGCCAUCAAAACGUUCGAAGUGAUUAAAUACUUUAAGCUGCAGGAGCUCGCGCACAGUAGCCUGAAUGCGGAUGGUGACAGUGGCUUGCAUGUGGCCUGCCAGCAUGAUAGGGCGCAUUAUAUACGCCCAUUGCUGGCGUUGGGUUGCAAUCCCAAUCAGCGGAAUUACAUGGGCAAUACGGCGUUGCAUUUAGCAGUCAAGGAGGAGCGCAGCAAUUGCAUUGAGAUCUUCCUCAAUGGACCCGGUGUCAAGUUGGAUUUGUCGCUUAAAAACGAUGAUGGCUUGACGCCGCUGCACAUGGCCAUCAGGCAGAAUAAAUAUGAUGUAGCCAAGAAGCUGAUUAAUCAUGAUCGCAGCUCCAUAAAUGUAUCCAAUACGACUGACGGCAAUAAUGCGCUGCAUAUGGCUGUACUGGAGCAAAAUGUGGAGUUGCUCGUUCUGAUACUGGAUGCACAGAAUCUUACAGAUAUAUUGUUGGCCAGGAAUUCGGCAGGCUAUACGCCUUUGGAGCUGGCCCGUGACAAGGCCAAUGAGCGUUGUGUGCGCCUACUGGAGGAGGUGUAUCCGGAUAAGGGAGAAUCAGCCAUGACCUGGAUACCCCUUAAUGUCAAAGAGGAAAUUGACUCUUCAUCCGCCGAGGAUGACGAAGAGAGCAACCCGGAAAUGCCGUCGCAUGCAAUCAAAACCGAAGAGAUUGAAAUGGAGUUUAAAGCAGAGCAGGAGGAAGACGGCACGAAGGAUGCAAGCGAUGCCAAAGCUCAAUUGGAGCACUUGCUCAAUAACAAGUCCACGUUUGACAAGCUGGUGACUCUGCUCAAUGAGCCAACUGUACACAAUCCCCAUUUGCCUAAAUGGAAAGACCUCGCCGAAAAAUCGGCGCUGAGCCAACUCGUAUUUCUCUGGACCAGCUCAGAGGGCAUGCUCAACUAUAUACACCACAAGUCAAGUGUGAUCGAGUACAAAUCUUUUGCGCAUGCUCUGCAGGAACUGGACCUGCUGAAUGCUUGCGAUUAAAUAUAUAUUUAUGCUUUUUUUUUUAAGCAAAACUUUACAUACACAUAUAUAUUAAUUAUAUAUUUAUUAAGGUUAACAGCAAUUUAUUUUGCAUUACAUAAUAUAAUUUUCAAUAAAUUUUUACUUUUAUCUCUGUA